GACUUGCUGGAGUGGAAUUUCAUUAUUGUUCAAAUUAUCAAUUUCCUUUUACUGAUUACAAGUUCAAUUACUGUUAACUUUCCUUCAGUAAAUCAUGUCGGAAGUUGAACAAGAUACUACAACUGCGCAAAGCAGAUUAAAGAAAUUAACUAGUGGUUCUACUUGGGUAUCACCCUUUAGACAAGUUCAAUCAGCUACUGCUCCUCAUGGAUCUAAAAAGAAUCUUCGAAAGCAAUUUGCCGAGUCAAAUAAGGUUGAAAAUCUUAAAGUACCAGGAAAGUUUACUGCUCAUCCUGUGUUAGAUGCUGAAUCCAAGAGAUUGGCUGCGGAGGAGAAGAAGAAGGCCGAACCUGAAGUGACUGAGCCAGAAGAAGCAGAAGCAGAAGAGGCUGAAGCAGAAGAACCAAUUGAACCAGAAGCAGAAGCAGAAGCAGAAGAAGAAGCAGAAGAACCAGUAGGUGAAGCUGAAGCAGAAACUGAGGCUGAGCCAGAAGCAGAAGCAGAGGCAGAAGUACCAGAAGCAGAGACUGCUGAAGAACCAGAAGUCAAUGGAAAAACCCUUCCUGAACAAGGUGAUGACCAUAUCGAACAACAAGUCAAGGAAACUCCAAUUGAACUCAAUGUCCCAGCUGAAUUCAAGUAUGAGCCUGUUGAAGAUCCCAUCAACAAAAAAGCCGUUGAACAAUUGAAGGAUAAACCUAUCUUGUUGAGUCGUUAUGAAGAAUUGAAUACUGCUGCGGUAGGAUCUUUAGCUAAAUCAUUAGAUGAUCCAAAUAAAGUAAUUAAUUUAGGUUCAGGAUUAAAAAUGUCUCAACAACAAUUACUUGAUAUUGCUGCCAAAAGAAUUGCUCCUGUAUUAGCCAAUAUUAAUGAUGAAGUUGCUAAAUCUAGAAAGGAAGAUGAAAUUAAAAGACAACAAGAAAUAAAUGCUAAAGUUCAAAGUCAUGAAAGAAAAUUACAAGGAGAUUAUGAAAAGCAUGUUAAGAAAUUAGAAAAGCAAAAGGAAAAGUUUACUAAAGAUCAUGAAAAUAAAUCUGCAGAUUUAUCCAGAUUACUGAAGAAUGCUGAAAUUGCUGCUGGUAAUUUUCAUAAAACAACUAAGGCAGAAAUUGAAACUGCCAAUACUGAAUAUGAAGAUCGUGAAACCAAAGCUGUUGAAAAACAUGGUACUGAUAAAGAAACUUUAAUUAAGAAUCAUGAAGAAUUAUUAGCUACUAAACAACAAGAAUUAGAAGAUGCUAAAACUGGUCAAGAAACUACUACUCAAGAAAUUGAAGAAUUACAUGAAAAGAAGGCUAAUUUAGAUAAUAAGAAUUCAGAAUUAUCUACCCAAAUUGAAGAAUUAACGGCUAAAUUAAAUGAAGAAACGGCUAAACUUGAUAAUUUAAAAUCUCAACAUGAAGAGAAAACUUCAGGAAUUGCUAAGAAUUUAGCUACUAAAGAAGAUUUAGAUGGUCAAUUAUCUACUAGUAAAAAGCAAUUGGAAGAUAAACAAGCUAUUCAUGAUAAACAUUAUGCUGAAAUUGGAGUAUUAGCGGGAACUUUAGCUGCUUAUGGAGCUCAUUUAUCCACUUUACAUUCUGAUAAAGAAUCUAGAGCUAUAAGAUUAAAUGAUGCUAAACAACAUUAUAGUACUUGGGAACAAGAAAAGCAAACUAUUGCCAAACAAGUUGCCGAAGAACAUGAACGUAAACGAGUAGAAGCCAUUGAAGCUGCAGAAACUCAACGAGUUCAAGAUGAACUUGAAAGACAACGAUUAAAGGAAGAAAAGGAAAGACAAGAAAAGGAAGAAGCCGAAGCCAAAGCCCUUCAAGAACAAAAGGAAGCUGAAGAACGAGAAUUAGAAGCUCAAAAACGUCAAGCUGAAAUUGAAAGAUUAGAAAAGGAACAAGCUGAAUGGGAAGCUAAAGAAAAAUUACUUUCCCAAAAGAAUGAAAGAGAAGAAGAAGAAAAAUUAAAGUCUGAUCCUAAUUAUCCCCAAAUCUUAAGAAUUAGAGAACGAGAACUUGCUCAAAAACAAUUAUUAGAAGAUCGAGAAGAAAGUGAUCGACUUUAUAAUGUUCGUAAAGCCAAAGAAUCCGAAGAAGCAGAUAAAUUGGCUAAUGAAAUUGAAGAAUUAAGAAAUCAAAAGAAUGCCAAGGCUGAAGCUGAACGAUUAGAAGCUGAACGAUUAGCUCAAGCCAAGGCCGAUGAAAUUCAAAGAUUAAAGGAAGAACAUGAAGCUAGAUUAAAAUUAUAUCAAUCUAGAUUGGAAUUUGAAGAAUUACAAAAGGCUAGAUUAUUAGAAGAAGUGGAGAAUUUAAAGAAGAUUAGACAAUUGAGAGAAGAAAAGGCCCGUUUAGAAAAUGAAGUACAAAAGUCAAGUCAAUUGGAUGAUAUUCAAAAGUUAAUUGAAGAACGUGAGAUUGAAGUGGCUAAAUUAACUAAACAAAUUGAAUAUGAUGAUAAUGAAUUUCGUCCCAAAGCUUCAGAGCCUUUUUUAGAGAUUAGCAAUGACUUAUCGAAAGAUACACGAGCCAUCCCUGAACCGGAAGUUGCAGUUAAAAAGGAAAGUAAACUUCCAGCCACUGCUGCUGUUAUAGGAGGAGCUGCAGCUGCUACUGCAGCUGCUGUAGCAUCAUCUGUUCCUAAACCAAAACCAAAACCAACACCAACAUCAACUCUUGGUGUUCCUAAAUCGGAAACUAAGAGAUCCAACAGUAUUAAGAAAUCACUUAAAUCACUCUUUAAAAGUGAUUCUCCCAAAUCAUCUCCCAGUAAAUCUACCCCUACUGCCAAAUCAGUAGCUCCAACCAAAACCACCAAAACCACCACUACAUCUGCUCCAGUUGCAGUUGAAUCUCUUGAACAACCGGCUGGUGUGGCCAACCCAUUUGUUGCUGAAGAUGAUUCAGAUUACGAAAUCAUUUCCGUCUAUGAAGAAGUUGGUGAUGAAGAAUUUGCAGCUCAUACCGGAGAUCCAAACUACCUUGAAGUGUCUAGUGAAGAUUUCCAAAAACAUCAUGGUGUUAGCUUAAAGGUCUAAGCUAGCUUGACCUCAUUCGUUUAGUUUUUUAUAUUUCUUAUUGUAUUGUUUCCAUUAUGUUUUGCACUGUGUUUAUUGUAUUAUUCUCCCUAAAAGAUUACUAUUUAUAUAAAUAUACAUUGAUCACUUUAACUAUUUAGUUAAUUAGUUAAUUAACUAAUCAAAGGUAAUUUUCUUACCUGAUGAUGGAACUAUUGCGGCACUGGCUCUUUGGGCAGUUGCUAAUGCUACUGAUGAUUUUAAUCUCUUAUUAGAGUUAUUAUUAUUAUCGGAAUAAUCAGGUUUAUACAGUCUCUUUGGUGGGGGAGGUCUACUAUUAAACGUUUCUUGCGGUUGUCUUACUCUUUCACGAGCUCUUGAUUCAUAUUGUGGGGUAUUAGUGAAAUUAGAAUUAGAAUUAGAAUUAGAAUUGGAAU